AUGACUGCACCACCGAAAUACACAAAAGUUGCUAGCGAGGAUCCAAGCGAGCAGGAGAGCGGGAUUCCCAUCAGAAGCUCAUCACCAAGCGACGUACGCGCUUAUAUUGUCCACCUGCUCGUUAACCAGCACGGCGUCACAAGCGAAGCUGCUCAUGCAGUAGCAAAUAAAUGGACGCUAGGUCGUGGAUUUGAUUUCCUCGAGGCUUCGUCGAAGGACUUUAAGGAGAUAUUUGGCACAGAUCUCGGCAGGCACAUAUACCGGUCCACAGCGCAUGAUGAAUGGCUACGAUGGAAUAAUGAGGACGUCCAAACCGGUUUUAGAUACCUCCUACUCAUAGCCGGGUUCUUUGCAGGAUUGAACUUUUUAAGUGCAGCCAGUUCAAGUUCGGGCUUGGACGCUUUGCGUAGCCUCGCUUGGAUUCCCACCAUACUUGCGGUACCGUACCUCUUCCACAUGUCGAAUUGCCCUGUGCAUUCGCGGGGUCGGUAUAAGGCUGGAAUUUACCUCAUGUUACUUGCUGUGUUCCUUUGGAUUGUGUACGCUUUGCAACUACCAAAGCGUGGAUGA